GUUAGGAAUGCCGGAUGGGGCGUGGCAUCGUUUUGAGAGGGGCGUUGUCUUUCGAUGGGAAGGGGAGGAGCCGCGACUGUUCAGCUGGUCGCCUCCAAGAUGGCGGGGACCAACGAGCUGGGUCUGGCGGAUCUGCCGUCCGAUCCGCUGCUCCUGAUCCUGUCUUACCUGGACUUCCGGGACCUGCUCAGUUGCAGUUUCCUGAACAGAAGAUUUAACCAACUUUGUAACCAUGAUCCUCUAUGGAAGUGGCCGUGUCUGAAGUAUUGGCUGGUGUCCGAGGACAAGAAGACCCAGAAGAACCACAGCUGGAAAACAACAUUUAUAGAAUAUUAUACGGAUCUUGGACGGUAUAUACAUCACUAUGCAAAUCUGAAGGCGGCCUGGGACGCUCUGAAGGCUUAUCUGGAAGAACACUGCCCCAGAAUGAUCAGCUCGCUUAAAGCCGGUGUGCAGGAGGAGGACCUUAAUACCAUAGAAGAUAGGAUAGGCUCCAAACUCCCUGAUGAUUAUCGCUGCUCCCUGCGGAUUCACAAUGGACAGAAGCUUGUGGUACCCGGGUUGAUGGGCAGCAUGGCUUUAUCCAACCACUACCGCUCUGAGGACUUGUUGGACAUAGAUACAGCAGCGGGCGGCUUCCAGCGCAGGAUCGGCCUCAACCAGUGCCUUCCUAUCACCUUCUGCAUCCACACUGGGCUCAGCCAGUACUUGGCUCUGGCUGACAUCGAAGGGAGGUGUCGCAACGAGAUAUUUUAUCAAUGUCCGGACCAGACGACGCAUAACCCUGCAGCUCUGGACAUGUUUGUUACAGGUACCUCUUUUACCCAGUGGUUUACAUCGUAUGUGCAGCAUGUUGUCUCAGGUGACUAUCCCAUCAUCAGGGACCAGAUUUUCAGGUACGAGCAUGACAAGGACUGUGUGGCAACUACUGACGAGAUCACCAUAUCGGUCUCCACUUCCUUCCUGCCGGAGCUCAGCUCCAUUCACCCUCCACAUUACUUCUUCACCUACAGAAUCAGAAUGGAAAUGGCCAAAAAUGCUUUGCCAGAGAAGGCCUGUCAGCUUGAUAGCCGCUACUGGAGAAUCACAAACGCGAAGGGAAACGUGGAGGAGGUGCAAGGCCCGGGAGUCGUAGGAGAUUACCCCCAACUAAGGGCGGGUAGAGUGUACGAGUACACAAGCUGCACCACGUUCUCCACAACUUCUGGGUAUAUGGAGGGGAGUUAUACAUUCCACCGGUUGGACAACAAGAACGAGGUCUUCACCGUCGCCAUCCCCCGUUUCCAUAUGAAAUGUCCCACGUUUCGGGUGUCUGACGUCGCUACAGAAGAGAGCUGCAAUGAUUGUUUCCUACACGAUGAUGACUCCACAGACACAGAUGAAUACGAAGAGCGGAGGAGAGUUUUGGACAUGCCCAAUCCCCCUGUGCUUUGCCCGCGCUACACCUGAGCGGGCACCACCUGUAUCCUGCAGCCAGUGGAGUCCUCUCGCCCAGGAUCCUUUUUUUUUUUUUUUUUUGCAUUUAUCUGCUCUGGGAGUUCGGCCAGGCUUCCCGCUUCCUGCCCGCGGCCUGUAUCUACGCUGUGACGUCCUGUUUGCGUAUUCUCUAGCCCGCCAUUUACCACUACGAAGGGAGAGAUCGCCUUCGGCGCUCUGCGGUAUCUCAUCGGCUUCAAGCCUGAGCUAGAAGUCUCGACUGCGGACGCUGCUUACUUUUCUAAUUUAUGUGCGAAUCCUAUAAGAACCACUACGUUGGUUUUUCUUGCGAUCUUCGAAUGAAAGAGACUAAGCAUCCGAACAUUCUCUCUUUUCUAUGAGGUUUUGUGUUCCGGGGGAAUUUAUUGUGUGUGCAAAAUGCUUUGGGGGAUAAAAAAAAAAAAAAAAAAAAAGCUUU